AUGGCCCAGAUCAGAGGUACAGCCGGCUACCAUCUCGGUGGCCCGAACCCCUUCGGUGGUCCCAAAAAUGAAGUCGCCGAUCCUAGUCCUUUAGACGCGAUUAGGGAACAAACCAGUAAGAUUGAGGAUGUUUUGGAUACAAUUAGCGAGCCCAUUAAGCCAUAUCUCCCUGCCAUCGGGCGUUUCUUAAUUGUUGUGACAUUCCUUGAGGAUGCUCUAAGAAUCAUAACACAAUGGUCCGACCAGCUGGUAUAUCUGAACAGCUACAGGCAUAUUCCUAGCGGGUUGACACAUCUCUUCCUUAUCGUGAACGUUUUAACUAUGGUUAUUUGCUCCACGAUGGUUAUCGUUCGCAAACACUCCGACUACGCUGUUGCCGGUCUCAUGGGUGUUGUUGUCACGCAAGCGCUAGGAUAUGGAUUGAUCUUCGACCUCAACUUCUUCCUCCGAAAUCUCUCCGUCAUCGGUGGGCUGAUCAUGGUUCUGUCCGAUUCCUGGGUUAGGAAGACCAAGGCGUUCGCAGGUCUUCCCCAGCUCGACGAGAAGGACCGAAAGAUGUACUUCCAGCUAGCCGGUCGUGUACUUUUAAUCUUCCUGUUCAUCGGCUUCGUCUUCAGCGGCGAGUGGUCCGUCUGGAGAAUCGGUGUAUCUGUCAUUGGUCUGAUCGCCUGCGUCAUGGUUGUCGUUGGAUUCAAGGCCAAGUUCAGCGCUACUCUCCUAGUUCUCAUUUUGAGCGUCUUCAACGUUUUGGUUAACAACUUCUGGACUCUUCACGAGCACCACCCCCAUAAGGACUUCGCCAAGUACGACUUCUUCCAGAUUCUGUCCAUCGUCGGCGGUCUCCUCUUGCUAGUUAACAGCGGCCCCGGCCAGUUCAGUAUCGACGAAAAGAAGAAGGUCUACUAG